AUGGCAGGCGUAGGCAACACAGCGCUGGCAACGGGCCCCGAUGAAAGCGGGAUCAUGGCGGGAUGGUGGAGCAGUCUGAAAAUCACAGUCCACAGUAAAGUCACCAUAUAUAUUAACUUAAAGAUUCUCAGUGUGCACCAGAGGCUUUCUUGGCAGAAUUUGAGUGUUGCUUAUUGCAGUACUGUUGUGCCCUCUGAUGAUGUGACAGUGGUGUAUCAAAAUGGGUUGCCUGUGAUAUCUGUGAGGCUACCAUCCCGGCGUGAACGCUGCCAAUUCACACUCAAACCUAUCUCAGACUCUGUUGGUGUGUUUUUACGACAACUACAAGAAGAGGAUCGGGGAAUUGACCGAGUUGCAAUCUACUCACCAGAUGGUGUUCGAGUUGCUGCCUCAACAGGGAUAGACCUCCUUCUCCUUGAUGACUUUAAGCUGGUCAUUAAUGACUUAACAUAUCAUGUCCGACCACCAAAGAGAGACCUCUUAAGCCAUGAAAAUGCAGCAACGCUGAACGAUGUAAAAACACUAGUCCAGCAGCUAUACACUACACUGUGCAUCGAGCAGUACCAGCUAAGCAAGGAGAGGGAGCUUAUCGAAAGAUUAGAGGAUCUCAAAGAGCAAUUGGCGCCCCUGGAAAAGGUACGAAUUGAGAUUAGCAGAAAAGCUGAGAAGAGGACCACUUUGGUGCUAUGGGGUGGACUUGCUUACAUGGCCACACAGUUUGGCAUUUUGGCCCGGCUUACCUGGUGGGAAUACUCCUGGGACAUUAUGGAGCCUGUCACCUAUUUCAUCACUUAUGGAAGUGCCAUGGCAAUGUAUGCAUAUUUUGUAAUAACACGCCAGGAGUAUGUUUAUCCAGAAGCCAGAGACAGACAAUACUUAUUAUUUUUCCAUAAAGGAGCCAAAAAGACACGUUUUGACCUAGAGAAAUAUAAUCAACUCAAGGAUGCAAUUGCUCAGGCAGAAAUGGACCUUAAGAGACUGAGAGACCCAUUACAAGUACAUCUGCCCCUCCGACAAAUUGGUGAAAAAGAUUGAUCUGCAAAGAGCCUCUGAAUCCCAGCAGAAAGAACACUUGUUUAUAACUAUUGCCUUUUUAAUUAAAACAUUACAGGUAGAAGCUGGGAGCCAUGUUGGGGUGGAGGGUUUUUACCUUUAAUUAAAAACAAACAACAAGGAAGUUAGGGAAGAAAGGAAUGUAAAAUCUGAAGAUCAAGCUUUGUGAAAUAUAAGCUCAAAGGGCUUAGUUAAUAUUGUCUUAAUCAAGCAUCUCAGUUCCUGGAUGAAAUAAGUUAUAUAUUUGAGAGAUUCAGAAAGAGUAAAUGAUGCUGGGGUGUUAGUUUCUUGCAUCUUCUUUGCAGGUCAGCAAAACAGUAACACACCAGCACCCCACUCAGCUCAUUUUUUUUAAUUUAACUUUUCUUAUUUUUGACAUAGGAGUCAAUAAACAGACCAGAAAAGCAUAUCCUCAAGAUAUGUGGGUGGCAAACAGAGUCUGAGCCCAGACAUUAGCAUUUAUUUUAAAUUGGACCCAGCCUCUACAAGUAAACAGGAAUCCGCCCCACUUGUGCCCCUUUUCUGACCACCCACCUCUGUUGGUUACAUUAAUUUUAUCCAUAUGAUCAUUGGAACCAAUUUAUGACUGUUUGAUGAUCGACACUCUGGAUUAAGCCUUCUUACAUGUCUAUAUUCCAGUGCUCUGGAUCAGUAUCCAGGAAUCAUUGGCAACACUGCAUGAUGUUGUUUUGUUCUGUUUUGUUUUGUUUUGUUUGCUAAUUAAUUUCUGAGGGGAGGCAGAAUUUCCCUCCUUUAACUACCCCAUUGAUAUUCCACUCUCCCUCCAUAACUCAAAUUGGAGGGGGAGUGGUCAGCUGUAUUACCAAAUCAGAAAGAUGAAAGGUUUACAAAGUGGCUAAAAAUCAUGUCUGUGUAGCCAUUUCAGAACCAGAAUGAUUUCAUUGCUGUUAAUCUGCUUGUGUGACAGCAUUCACGGCCAGGCCACCAGAUGCCACUGUCUUGUCUGGAGGCUUUGUCAGUCUCGAAGGACACACACACUUGAACCCUGUUUGUGAGCCCUCUCACCUCCACCACUUCAGGAGUUGUAAAUCAAGUGUGUGGAUCACAAAGGGUGCAAUUUAUCUUUAUACAGGCAUACAUUUCUAUGGCUCCUUUCGGCCUACCUUCUUCACCCAAUUUUUUCUUAAAUUGAGAGAAAAAAGCAUUAAUCUUAUACUCUGUCAAAUAUUUUCUACCAUAUUUCCAGUUGACAUGUGCACUUGAAAAUCAAAGGCAUCUGUCCAAUAUUCUGUUUUUAAUUACUGUGGGGGCAGGAGGGAGAGGAAGAUGGGGCUUGCCACACAGCUGAUUGGCUUUCUUUCUUUCACGUGAUUCAUCCCUCCUCAUUGUGGCAUGGGAUUCCUUUCUCUUUUUCUUUCUCCUUUGGGAUCAUUGUGUAUGAAAAGAAGGAUUUUUAAUGACAAACCCAGACUCCAGGUGCCUUGCAGAGGUUGAAGGCCAGCCAGGAUUGCUGCUGCUGCUCCUGCCACCACCCCUUCCACUGGCAUGAUGGAAUGAAAGGAUGCAUGUCUCCACUUCCCAGCCCCUCCCCACUUCCUUCCCCUACCCGCCCCACCCCCACCCCCGUAGCAACCUCUUCCUUCAUUUAUUUUUAAGUUGUGUGAAUUAUUUUUAAACCAUUUAUCCUGUUUGUGCACAGGGUUUUUAAGAAGAAACAGCACAGUGCAAUGAGCAAAUCCUUUCAGGAUGUGUGGGAGGCAAGGGAGGGAGGAUGGAUGGGGAGAAAAGUCCUUUAAACAAAUAGUAAAAUAUUGAACAUGUGUAAAAUCCUGUAUCAUUUAUGAAAUAUGUAUAAAAUCAAUGUAACUUCUGGAACAAUAAAUACUUAUUCAAUUUUUGAA